UCUUCAGAAGACAGAUUUGGUGGUCGCCGAAUGUACACAGGCACCCCCAUUCUUCCUCCCUCCAACACCAACAGCAGCAGUGGUAUCCCUGCUCUUAUGAUGCAACAAAUGCUCGAAAAAAUGUCAGAAAUGAAUUGUAAGAUCAUUCAGCAAGAUCAAAAAAUAACUCAACUUACCAGCUACUUGCAUCAACUACAGCAAGCUAGAACAACUGCCGCCUCUACUGAGCAAGCUUACUGUUUCUACAGCUUUGAUUUUGAUUUUGUUUCUUAGUUGGUUCUUUUCUUUUUUUUUUUUUUUU